AUGCCUCAGCACAAGGAGCAGCAGCAGCAACAGCAGCAAAAGCCUCCGCAUCAGAGUCAGCAGUGCCAGGUGCAGCAACCCCAGAAGCAGCAGCAGAAACUGCAGCAACAACAACAACCGAGGCAACAGCAGGAAGAGCAGCAGCAGCAGCAGCAGCAGCAGCAAGGGGCUGUUUUAAAACGGCGAGCAGCAGAUCUUCUGCAUGCAAGCAGCAGACGCUUCAAAGCCCCAAUUGACCCGACCUGCUUCUACGGAACGAGCAGCAGCAGCAGCAGCAGCAGCAGCAGCAAAUGCAGCAGCAGCACAUCUGAAGUUGCUAGCCAUGGCAGCAGCAUUUCGCAGGCCGCUGCUGCCUCAAUAGCAGCACCAGCUGCUGCUGCUGCUGCUGCUGCUACUGUUUUAUCUCCAGACUCUGUAGCGCCCCAUCCGACUUCUAAAGACAGCAGCAGCAACAACAGCAGCAGCAGCUCGACCAACCGCAGCAACUGCAGCGACAGCAACAGCAGCAACAGCAGCAGCAGCAGCAGCAGCAGCAACAGCAAUUUUAAUGAACUUCCCGCACUCGAACGUGUUCGCCUAUGGCAGCGAAUUGAGGCCCUGCUGCACCAGCAGCAGCAGCAGCAGCAGCAACAGCAGCAGCAGCAGCGGCCUGUUCCUCUGAUUCCGCUGUGGGUGUUUGAGAAGCAAAGCGAAGCAACAAAGUUUGCUGCAGUGCUGCGGCGUCGGCUUCCUGCUGCUGCUGUUGCUGUCUGGGCUGAGGAGACAGCAGCAACAGGUCAGAGGCGAUUCUGCUGCGGCUCCCUCAGGGCCCUUGUUGCUGCUGCUGCUGCUGCUGCUAGAAAAGCGCAGCAGUUAAGGCAGCUCAGACGACCUACGCAAACCCCACCUGCUGCUGCUGCUGCUGCUGCUUCUACUGCCGCUGCUUCUUCUGCUGCUGCUUCUGCUGCUGCUGAUACGCCCAGCAGCAACACUGACAGCAGCAGCACCACUGCCAUCAACAGCAACAGCAGCAGCAGCAACAGUACCACAAGCAGCACCAGCAGCAAAAUCAACAGCAGCAGCAGUAGCAGCAGCAGCAGCAGUAGCAGCAGCAGCAGCAGCAGCAGCACUGCAUGCAAUUUGUAUGAGGUGUUGGAGUGUGGGCGCCCCGUGUGGCUGUACUUUGACUUAGAGUAUUUGUUUUGCUUUAACCCGCAGCAAUCCUCAGCAGCAGCAGCAGCAGCAACAUGGCAGCAGCUGCUGCUGCAGCUGCGCGGCUUCCUCUGCAGCAGCUGCAGCAUUUGCUGCCAGCAGCAAGAAAUGAUUUGUCUAGAUGCUACUAGCAGCAAGAAAUUCUCGAGGCACUUGAUAAUUAAAACAAUUAAAAUAAACAAAACAAAUAUCAACACGGAGGCCCUUUGGCUGCUUAGAGAUGAUUGCAGCAAUGCUGCUGCUGCUGCUCCCGCUGCUGCUGCUGCUGCUCCUGCUGCUGCUUCUUCUUCUGCUUCUCACACACAGGAAGAUGAGUCCGCAGGUCCAGGCAUGCAUGCGUCUGUUGUUGCUGCUGCUGCUGCUGCUGAGGGAGCUCCAGAUCUGCUGCAAGGCCUCGCAAGUGCUGGGGGUACUGCUGCAGCAGCUGCAGCAAGACCAGCUGCAGCAACUGCAGCAGCAGCAGCAGCAGCAGCGGGGGCAUUACACACUGCAGGCCGGCAUGACGCAUUUGAUGAGCCAGCAGAAACAGCAGCAGCAUCAGUAAUAGUAGCAGCGGCAGCAGAAACGGCAGCAGAAACAGCAGCGGAAAUAUCAGCAGCAGCAGAAACAGAAGCAGCAGCAGAAACAUCAGCCGCAACAGAAACAGCAGCAGCAGCACCAGAAACAGCAGCCGCAGCACCAGAAACAGCAGCAGCACCACCAGAAACAGCAGCAGCAGCAACAACAACAGCAGCAGCAGCACCAGAAACAGCAGCAGCAGCAACAACAACAGCAGCAGCAGCAGACAGUGGGGCUCAAUCGACUUUGAUGGCUGACACCCAGACAGCAGGCCGAGUAGCCGAGGCCUUCGUGCUGCACUUAGCAAACCGCUUGCGUACACUGCAGCAGCAGCAACAGCAGCAACGGGGAGAGCAGCAGCAGCAGCAGAAGCAGCAGCAGCAGGAAGAGCGCCAGCAGCAGGAUGGGUCGAACUGCCAACCACACGAGCAGCAGCAGCAGCACCAAGAGCAACAGCAGCAACAGCAGGAUCAGCAGCAGCAGCAGCAGCAGGAUCAGCAGCAGCAGCAGCAGCAGCAGGAUCAGCAGCAGCAGCAGCAGGAAAAUGUGCAGAGAAGCUGCGGCUGCGCCGAAGCAGCAGCAAAAGCAACCUAUGAGGAUCUGCUGCUGCUGUUUCCUGUUGCAGCAGCAACAGGCGAGCGGCGCUGUAUAAUUGAUACAUCCGUAUACACUCGAAAUCGCUGCUUCAGGUUGCUGGGUGCCUCUAAGUACGGCCAAGACAACCCUCUUCAGGUGAGCAGCGACUGCUGCUACCCUUUAGGUGCUGCUUUGGAGUUGCAGCUGCUGCGCAGUUUAAUUUCCUUCGUUCCACCUAACCUCAGCAUCCCUCUCUUUCGUCAUCGUCUCUUUGCACCUGCGCCUUCUGCUGCUGCUGCUGCUGCUGCUGCUGCUGCAGCAACACGCAGCAGCAGCAUCUGGGAUGAGAACUGGGAAGAUGCAGCAGCAAGCAGCAGCAGCAGCAGCAGCAGCAGCUCUUUGGGGAGGCUGCUGCCGCCGAGGGGUCUCUUUAAGACGGAUGCUGCUGGGGGCAUCAACGUAACUGAACCAGCAGCUGCAGCAGAAGCAGCAGCAGCAGCAGCAGCAGCAGCAGCAGGGUCGUUUGCUGCUGAGGCUGUUGUCUCUAACCUUCCUGCUUACAUUCCAGGGCUGCGAGAUGCAGCAGCAUAUGCUGUUUCCUUUUGGAGGCAGGUCAAAGACGCAGCAGAAGCAGCGGCAGCAGCAGCUGCAGCAGGACAGCAGCAGCAGCUCCAGCAGCAGCAGCAGCAACAGCAGCAGCAGCAGGAUGUGCUGCGAGGACAGCACAAGUCCAACGGUAUAAUGUUAGUCUUGUCUCUGUCUAAAUCUUCUUUUCGUCAAAAGUGUUUUGAUGACGAUUGCCGCUGCUUCCGCUCAAUGCCUUUUCUGCUGCCUCCGGCGCUGCAGCAAACGCAUGCACAUCUUCAAGAUGCUGCUGCUGCUGCUGCAGAUGCUCCAGCACCGGAUGAUGGUGCUGAGGAGGAUGCUGCUGCAGCAGCAUCCUUUUCUGCUGAGGGGACGAGUCAAUGCUUUCGUAAUGCCUCCUCUCCGCAGCGGCAGCAGAUGCCAACAGCAGCAGCAACAACAACAGCAGCAGCAGCAGCAGCUGGUGCAGGAACUGCUGCACUAGCUGCUGCUGCUACGCCCUCAAAGGACGCUGCGGCAGACAGCUUGUCUCCUUUUCUGCUGCAGCAGCAGCACGAGCAGCAGCAGCAGCUGCUGCAGCACCUGCAACACGACAAGCAUCAGCACGAGCAGCAGGAACAGCAGCAGCAGCACGACGACCUGCAGCAGCAAGAGCAGCUGCAGCAGCUGCUGCUGGACUUAGAUAGCUUUGAAGUUUUUUGA